GUCAUGGUUUUGGCGCUCUUCAUCGCGAUUCCUCUGCUGGUGCAAACUUCCAUGACCGAUGCGCACUACGAGAUGAUGGGGACCUGUCGGAUGAUCUGUGACCCGUACAACCCCAAACCGAGCGCCAAGGCUCUGGAGGUCAUGCAGGACCUGAGUGCCAUCCCUUCCCCGACAUUUGUUCAAGGGACCAAAGGUGAGCCGGGUCGGCCGGGGAAACCUGGGCCGAGGGGCCCGCCGGGCGAACCGGGGCCACCUGGUCCGCGAGGGCCGCCGGGGGAUAGAAGUGAUUCUGGAAAGACGGGCUAUCCCGGUGUAGUGGGCACAGCGCGGACCGAGACAGGCGGAGGUCUGGGCUCUGCUAUCGGCGGGGCAAAGAUAGCGUUUUAUGUGGGUCUGAAAAACCCUCACGAGGGAUACGAAGUGUUAAGGUUCGACGACGUUGUCACGAACCUGGGGAACCACUACGACCCGACAACCGGCAAGUUCACAUGCCAAGUAUCUGGGAUUUAUUACUUCACCUAUCAUGUGCUGAUGCGCGGAGGAGACGGGACAAGCAUGUGGGCAGACUUAUGCAAAAACGGACAGGUCCGAGCCAGCGCAAUAGCGCAGGACGCCGACCAGAAUUACGACUACGCCAGCAAUAGCGUAGUCCUGCAUCUGGACUCCGGGGACGAGAUUUAUGUCAAACUGGACGGUGGCAAGGCGCACGGCGGAAACAACAACAAAUACAGCACGUUUUCCGGUUUCCUUUUGUACCCAGACUAA